CUGAGACUGAUGACAGUGCUGAUUGGAAGGAGACCAGAGAACCUCAGUCAGCUUUAAACUCUCUGAAACAUGAUUCAAGAUGUAAGAAAACAUUCAGCUGCUCUGAGUGUGGGAAGAGAUUUAACCGCGAGUCACAUCUGAAGGUACACAUGAGAAGUCACACAGGAGAAAAACCUUUUAGCUGCUCAGUUUGUACUAAGCGAUUUGGCUACAACUCAGCUCUGAAGAAACACAUGAAAAUCCACACAGGAGACAAACCUUUCAGCUGCUCUAAGUGUGAUAAACAAUUUGGCCAGAAGGAACAUCUGAAGUUACACCUGAUAACUCACACAGGAGAAAAACCUUUUAGCUGCUUAGUUUGUGAUAAAAGAUUUGGCAACAAGUAUAAACUGAAGACACACAUGACAACUCAUACAAAAGAGAAACGUUUCAGCUGCUCACGGUGUGAUAAACGAUUUGGCUACAAGUCAGAUCUGCAGACACACAUGAGAACUCAUACAGGAGAAAAACCUUUCAGCUGCUCAGUCUGUAAAAGAUCUUUUUCAGAGAAUGGAGAUUUACGGAAACACAUGAGAACUCACACAGGAGAAAAACCUUUUAGCUGCUCUGAGUGUGGUAGAGCUUUUGCUCUAAGUGGAACCCUGAAAAACCACAUGAGGACUCACACAGGAGAAAAAACGUUCAGCUGCUCAGUCUGUAAGAAAUCUUUUACACAGAGAGGAGGUUUACAUAAACACAUGCGAAUCCACAGGAGGAGGAUGAUGUUGGAGAGGGAACUUACAAGACCUACACCCGUGCCCCCCAGCGCUGCGUGGCCACACGCUGCUCUAAAUGCCUGAGCUAACUGCAGAGUCAGAAACCAGAGACGGCUUCGACUCUUCACACUUUGACUACAUUUUGACACUUUUGACACUUUGAGGCGUUCACAGACCAUUUUUUAAUUUUACCAAAGCAAUAAGUGCAUUCAAGGUUCAAUCAGAACAGCUUGUAAAGACAGAUUAUAAAACUAGUGUCAAACUAGAAUGUGUGCACUUUCUGACUUCAUCAGAAAAGCCUGAUGAUCGCUCCAUAAGUGACAAAACUGAUGUUAAAAGAUGCUCUGUUCCCACUGAUUGCUCUGCAGCAAAUACACUUCAUUCAAAGUGGGCAGAAACUAAAUAAAACUAUCAAAAGCCGUUUUGGUUCGUCUUUCCACUGUUCCAACCAUCACAACUCUAGUUUUGGUUGAAAUACACCCAUAGUUUACCGAUUUACAUGUGAGAACAUGACAUUAUGUUGUGUCAUUGAGUAUCUUGUCUUGUCCUGAUGUGUGUUGAGGACCACAAUGGAAAUAAGUCUUGGACUUUAUGUUGUUUUUAUCCUCGAUUGUAUUUGAUGUCCUUUUGUCAUGUGUAGGGCAUUCUCUUGCAAUUGAAUAAAAUCAAAUCAAGAAUA